AUGACACCGAUAGCUGCAUGCCUCUGCACAUGGAGACUGACAGGCUUACGUCGGCGACAUCGUGGAUCUGCUCUUGUCCACUGUGGGGCUGCUGGCGGUGGUCAACGUGAACGGCAGGGCUACGACGGGGAUGGCAUUGGCUUCAUCUGGAUUGGCAAGGCUCGCGUCGCCGACAGAGAUGGUGGCCGAUUGGCGGUGAUGGCGAUACUUGUGCCGGCUGUCGCGGGACGGUUCGGUUCGGUUCUCGGUACGGAUAUUUAUGAAAUCUCCAGAACCGUACCAAUUAUUUUUUCGGUUCAGUUCGGUUCGGAGAAAGUCAAACGGUCCACGGAUAUUUUUUGGUUCGGAGUGAUUUCGGUUCGGUUUUCGGUAAUAGGAACUUCAAUUUUGAUUCUGAAAGUAGAUGUUGAUUUGGAGAGGUUGAGGCUAAGUUUAGUGAAGGGAAAAGCAAAUCAUCCAAUGGAGGAUUACCAUGUUGCUAAAUUUGUCCAAUUCCAAGGUCGUGAGUUGGGGCUUUUCGCCAUAUACGAUGGCCAUCUUGGAGAUAGUGUGCCAGCUUACUUGCAAAAGCAUUUAUUUUCAAAUAUACUAGAGGAGGAGGACUUUCUGAGAGACCCUAGCCGUGCUAUUGCGAAAGCAUACGAGACGACUGACCAAGCAAUUCUCUCCCAGAGCCGUGACUUGGGCCGAGGUGGGUCCACAGCUGUGACCGCCAUUCUCAUAAACGCCCGCCAUUUGUGGGUGGCCAACGUUGGGGACUCGCGGGCCGUGCUUUCCAAAAGGGGCCACGCUAUAGAAAUGACGGUUGAUCACGAGCCCAAUACCGAGAGAGGUAGCAUUGAAGAUAGAGGUGGAUUUGUCUCAAAUUUGCCAGGGGACGUUGCAAGAGUGAACGGGCAAUUGGCAGUCUCGCGUGCCUUUGGUGAUAAGAACUUGAAGACACACUUGUCCUCCGAGCCAGACAUGACCAAUGCCGAGAUAGAUGCCGACACUGAUCUUCUUAUUCUAGCUAGUGAUGGUUUAUGGAAGGUGAUGUCUAGUCAGGAGGCUGUGGAUUUUGUGAAGAAGAUGAAGGAUCCACACAAGGCAGCCAACCAACUGGUGAUCGAGGCAUUGAACAGAGACAGCAAGGAUGAUAUCUCUUGCAUAGUCGUACGUUUCUGAUUAUAAAAUUACGGUUUUACCCCCGCCCGCAACUAUUCGAGCUGUUGUUAUUUUCUUUUUUAUUUUAUGGAUGUUUUACUAUUAUUUUGAUUCUUGUGCAGAUUUUUCUCUCUUUUCUUCUUUCUUUUGUAAUUUUCUAAGUUGGGAUUGGCUUGGUUUGAGCAGUAUUUUCUGUUUAUGUAAUGAUCAACAUAGGUUGAAGAUAUCUGUGGUAUAUAUAUAUAAGAUGCAUGGAAGAUUUUUGGGUGCUUUAAUGAUUAAUCAGACAAUGCUUUUGUUGGUGUGGAAUUAAGUGUGAUAUAUGUAAUAAAUAAUUUUACAUUGGUAUAAUUUUG